AUGUUUAAGAAUGAUCAUGCUGUUGUGUAUUACAAGACUCUGCAUAUGCUGAAGAUAAAGUUACCAUACUCCUCUGACAGUCAAUGCAUUCUAAGGCUAGAAAAAGGAGACGAGUAUGAUGUAUGUGCCAUUUGUUUGGAUGAAUAUGAAGAUGGUGACAAGCUCAGGAUCCUUCCCUGCUCCCAUGCUUAUCACUGCAAGUGUGUGGACCCGUGGCUGACUAAAACCAAAAAAACUUGUCCUGUAUGUAAGCAGAAAGUGGUCCCUUCUCAAGGGGAUUCAGACUCCGAAACAGACAGUAGUCAAGAAGAAAAUGAGGUGUCAGAAAAUACCCCUUUACUUAGACCUCUAGCAUCAGUUAGUACUCAGUCAUUUGGGGCUCUGUCAGAAUCUCACUCCCAUCAAAAUAUGACUGAGUCUUCAGAAUAUGAGGAAGAUGAUAAUGAGGAGAUUGAUAGUAGUGAUGCAGAAAAUGGAAUAACUGAAGAGAGCAUAGUGGUUCAACUACAACCCAGUGAUGAAAGGGAGUACAGAGUGGCAAAUACUGUUUGAAUAGCUUCAGGACUGCUAGCGACCAAUUGCAUAUGAACUAAAUUGUUCGUAAAGCUAUACUUUACAUACAUUUAUGUAGGGAAUAUGUUUUAUUUUGUAACCCCUUUGGUUACUUUAAUAGACAGUAACUGUUCACAUAGUGGGUCUCUGGUUUAAUCAUAUUAAUUACAGAUGGAUUUCUCUUUGGUUCCGGUACUCAUUCACAUAUUUGUCUUUUCAAAAUGAACAGUUUAACAGGACUUCACAGUCCUACUGAAUAAUGUUUGUAGUUUCCACAAAUAGAGAUGUUACAAGAAAAUUUUACUUUAAAUGUCAGUAUCUUGUUGAAAUGGGAUUUAGCCACAAAAAAAUAGAAUAUUUUCCUGGCUACUUCUUGUAGGUAAGAUUGGAUUAUAGGGAUAGCAAUAUUUAUUAUGUGUAUGGCAUUACUCUCCAGCCCAACCAAAAAAAGUACAUGGUGCCUGUUUCUGCAGGGAUUUCCCAAACUUGCUACUACUGAAAUCAAGGGGUAGAAGAAGUCCCUUUAGCAGCCAAGUUGCAAAGAAAGCAGAGAAAUUGAAGAUUUGGGCUCUACAGCAGUGAUUUGUUUGCCUUUCUAAAUAAUCCUAUUGAGCUUGCAAAAGCAGUUCAACAUUGUGAAAAAAAAAACAACUUUGAAAUCUAUUACAUUGAAAGUAACUCACAGGAAAAAUAUUCAAAAUGUAUUAAUAGGCUUUGUUUGCUAAUAGCAGCUAAACUAAUUUCCUAUGACAAUAAUGUAGGAACAGGGGUGACCAAAAUGGAACAGCAAGCCAAGUUACAUAUAGACAUACUGAAUUAUAUUAAGUGUUCUGUUGAUCCUCAAAUCAUAUACCUCUAACUAAGGAGCAUUUUGUGCUGCAUUAAUCUGCUAAACUUUGUAUAUAGAGAAAUGGUUCUUUUCGAGUUUUUGAUUUGAAAACAAGUGCUUAUAAAUAUUAAAGAGAACUCUGUACUUACCAGUGUAUCAUGAAAAGCUAAAAUUAUAUAUAAUGCCAUUGUAACUAUGUAGAAAAUAACCUCACACAUGUAUAAUCAAAAUGCAGAGAAUUUUUUAUAUGGCCUUGUAUAAGGGGAGUUUGAAAGAAUGUUAAUAAACAUGUUUUCCACUUUAA